AUGCUGUCAGUCGAGGAGGGUUGCGACCUCGUCGACAUCGACGAAGCGCACCUUCCUUACAUCCUGCAACGAAACCUGGGCGUCGGCGGAUGCUGCAUAGUCGAAGAAGUCAAAGACCUCACCACCAGCCGCAUCUUUGCGCACAAACUCUUCCUCUUCAGCAGGAAGAACAGGGUCAGGUUGACGGAGGCCUUCAUGAAUGAAGUGAAAGUCAUCCGAGCGCUUCGGCAACACCGCCAUAUGAUUCGGCUGUUUGCUACGUACACUUCGAAAGAUCGCCUUGGACUGAUAUUAAGCCCUGUGGCUGAUGGGGGCGACUUGGAUAAGUUCCUGGGGGAGUUGGUGUAUGAAGUGCAAAUCAAGUCGAUGGUGCGGAUCCUGGAACAGUCCUUUGGCUGUUUGGCAGAUGGUCUCUCCUUCAUGCGCCGGAUGAAGAUACGGCACAAGGACAUCAAGCUGAAGAACAUCCUGAUCCACAAAGGCCGGGUCUUGUAUACGGACUUUGGUCUCUCGCUGGACUCAACUCUGUUCGACAACAGUAUCACAGAGGGUCCGACCGAGAUGACCAGAAAAUACGCAGCUCCAGAACUACUCAGCGGAGGUCUGCGAGGUUCUUCAUCUGACGUGUUCUCCCUGGCGUGUGUCUUCAUCGAGAUCUUCUCGACACUGACUGAGUCUCUCUCCUAUGAGGAGGGGUUGUUCUCGGAACUGAUGCCCAGUAUACACGAACAGCUGGAUUCAAUCGAAGUUCCCGCGAAGCUUGCAGUCCUACCAGAGGUCAUCAUCAUUGUCGCCAGUGUCGGUCUAAAGGGACUGAUGUAA